CUGAGAGCAAAGAGAAUAAUGGAGGGACAAGGGCAUGCCAAAUAUCGGCGUGGUGUGCAGUCAAGUUGCAUACGGGUCGUUCUGAUAGGCCGGGGAUGCAAACGGGGCCAGACACGGCCGGCCAACCGGCGCUUAGGAAGCUGGGGUGUUGUCGGAUUCGGAUGGCUGGCGCUACACCCAAAUCCUGCACCAGAUUGCAGGAGGUCCACCAGUCGUGUAAGAUGAAAACGAUGGCACAGCGAGUCGAUGUCUCACCUCUGCCUUGCUCUGGUUACUCGAAGCGGGCUUGACCAGCAGCAGCUCGCCACAAGUGCCCUCCUUACGGGGAGGGCCGCGUGCCAGGUCGUGAGUCGUCAUGGUGUGGUGUCCGUCACCGCCCCUUGUCAUCUUUCAGGCCCACGAACUCUGUCGGAAAAUCUUGACAAGCAGGGCUACAGCCUAAACGAUAUCUCGAAACUCAGAAUGCGUGUUUCCAAGCAGUGCAGCAAAAACAGACGGAACAGCCAAUCCCUAGGCCGUUGCCGUUUGCCUGCCCAAACGGAAUCCCGCAUUCCCGCAUUCCCGGCCGGUGACAUGUCCAAACGUGAGCGGACGGGAGACAGUGAGAAGAAGCUAUUGGCAUAUGCAUGCAAGGCACCGCAGGUGGCAUGGAAGGAGACGCGGGAAGCCUACCUGCGGGUUGGGAUGCGUUGUGCCGUCACAUUGCCCGUCGUAGCCCCGCCAGUCUCCUAUCGCAGGACAGUAUCGCCGUUGAAGGGUGGUCGUACGGCGAUGGCGAAGCCGAUGGACCAGAAAUGACAGACGGCGCCGAGUGGAUGGGCUCAAGAGAGGG